AUGAGACCAUCGCUUAUACGUUUAGUUCGUCCUCGUCGUCCAGAGAGGAAGACAUCUCCCUUGCUUCCUCCACUUGCUCUCUACAAGAGGAUCCUUAGGGCUCACUACCAACAUCUUCCUCAAGAGCUUCGGUUUUUGGGGGACCAAUACGUCAAGGCAGAAUUCAAAGCGCAUAAACAUACCGAUAACCCAUUGCAUAUUGUAGGUUUCCUUACCCAAUGGCAGGAAUAUUUGGGAAAUAUCGUUGGAGAUGGGUGGUUAGAAGGAAAAUUGAAGCAACAAGAUUUAGAGAAAAUGUCGCCUGAACAAGUUGGUCAAUUAUAUGAACUCAUGCAAGAAACCCGUAAGAUUGCAGAAGAAAGAGAUUCAUAA